AUGUGAUCGCUGUGUGUAGACUACGCAUGCGUGGUUACCGAUCCGGCUUCUAAUAUGUGGCGAGCUCAAGCUGGGCAUCAGUCAGCCGCUCAAGUCGUUCCAGCAGGCGGAGACGACGACUGGGAAACCGAUCCCGACUUUGUGAAUGACGUAUCAGAGGAGGAACAGCGAUGGGGGGCCAAGACGGUGGAAGGCUCCGGCAAGCAGGCGGCAUUCAGCAUGGAUCAAUUGCGUAAGAACGUCGUCACCGACGACAAAGGCCGGAAACAAGUCGAAUUUGAUGCCGGUCCGAAGGCUUCGGAAGGAUAUGGAGGGAAGUUUGGAGUUAUGAAGGAUCGUAUGGACAAGUCUGCAGUGGGACAUGACUAUGUGGGGAAGACAGAGAAGCAUACGUCGCAAGUUGACGCGGCUAAAGGCUUUGGUGGAAAAUACGGCGUACAGAAAGAUAGACAGGACAAGGCUGCUGCUGGCUACGAUUACCAAGCUAAGGUUGAAAAGCAUGAAUCUCAGAAAGACUAUUCUAAAGGAUUCGGAGGGAAAUAUGGAGUCCAGAAAGAGAGACAAGAUAAGAGUGCUGAGGGCUGGGAGUAUCAGGCGAAACGGGAGCAACAUGCUUCUCAGAAAGAUUACUCCAUUGGAUUUGGUGGUAAAUAUGGUGUACAGAAGGAGCGGCAGGACAAGAGUGCUGAAGGUUGGGACUACCAGGCAAAGGUAGAGCAGCAUGCUUCUCAGAAAGACUACUCAACUGGGUUUGGUGGGAAAUAUGGAGUACAGAAGGAGCGCCAGGACAAGAGUGCUGAAGGUUGGGACUACCAGGCAAAGGUAGAGCAGCAUGCUUCUCAGAAAGACUACUCAACUGGGUUUGGUGGGAAAUAUGGAGUACAACAAGAUCGACAAGAUCAAAGUGCCAAGGGGUGGGACCACCAGACAAAAUUGGAGAAACAUUCUUCACAGACUGAUCAUUCUCGAGGCUUUGGAGGCAAGUAUGGCGUUGAGAAGGACCGUCAGGACUCGAGUGCUGGUGGUUAUGAUGACAUGCAGGAAGUGAAGUCAACAUACAAAACUGAGCGUGGCCCGGCUGGUGGUGCUGGCAACAUCAGAGCAAAGUUUGAAAGAAUGGCUCAAGAUGAGGAAGAUGCGUCUCGUCAGAGGGCUGAAGAAGAAAAGGAAAGGCGACGUGAGCAUGAGGCUAGACAGCGCCAAGCUGCAAACGCAAGAGCUGAAGCUGAGGCAGCAGCAGAAGAAGAAGAACAAGAAAGAAAGCGGCAAGAAGCAGUGAGGCAACGUCAAGAAGAAGAAGAAGAGCAACGACAACGAGAAGAAGAGCAGCGGCAACAAGAAGAAGAUGCUCAGCUUAAUUUGUAUGACACAAUUGGAGGUGGUCAAGAGGAGCAGCCAGGUGGGGAACAAGAUCUGUAUGAUGAAAUCGGUGCAGCACAGAAAGAUACACAAGACUCAUAUGAAGUCAAUGAAUCACAAAACCAACCAGAAGACCUCUACGACGAUGUUCCAGGAGAAGGGGAUGGUUAUUCUGCCGAGGAAGGGUUGUAUGACAUGCCAACUAUUGAAAAGGAUGAAACGCAUGAGAGACCAGCACAAGAACAAGAAACCGGUGAAAGUGAAUUAACCGCACGUGCGAUAUAUGACUACCAAGCAACUGGCGACGAUGAGAUUUCAUUUGAUCCUGAGGAUAUCAUCACUAAUAUUGAGAAGAUUGAUGAGGGAUGGUGGCAAGGGGAGUGUCAUGGCCAUUGUGGUCUCUUCCCAGCCAACUAUGUGGAACUGAUCUAAUGGGGGGAGAGAUUGUCUCAUGAAUGUCAGGUUUAUGGGUUUACUCUAGCUUAGUUGUCAGAGGCAUUACAUCGAUGUGGAAUUUCUUGAUUCUAGUUGCCAAUGGCAUAUUAAAUGGAUUGUGAUUUGUAGCUCA